AUGCCCGCCUCACAACGUCUCGCCUUGAUCGUUCUCGCCGCUGCCCUCGCCGUGGGUGCCGCACCCUACUCUCUGUCUCCCGGCCGUCCGCCCUAUGUCGGCAUCCUGCCCGCUCGCCGCAGGGACCUGCUCGCUCCUCUCACUCAUGGCAACGACCCCAGCUCCCCUAAGCACGUGGCGGGCAUCGGUCUCAAGCGCCAGGCCGACCCCGUCUUCCCCCACACUGUCCAGCUCGUCAACAUCGCUCCCUCUGCGCUCGCGUUUCCUGUUCCUUCUCACCCGGGACACCUGGGUCCAGUCACUGUCUCGCUGUCCCCAAGCGAGCAUCUCUCCGCGACAUCGACCGCUGCCCACCACCCUGCGCCGACCCACCUCGACUCCGCCCCUGGUGCGCUCUCUAGCUCUUCUCAGCCGACAGACUCUCUCCCCAGCUACGGCGCACCCGCACCCACGGACACUCUCAUGGCCCCUGGCUCAAAGGGCUCGUUCUUCGAACCCCCGCUCACGCCCCACGACAAGGUCAAGGUCGCCGUCGUCGCCGCCGUCCUCAGCAUCAUCGUCGGCCUCAUCGCCUGCGUCGCCAUCGCAAAGCUCACCAGCAACGCUCUCAGGAAACAUGGCCGCCGCUACGCACAGUUUGGCGCCCGCUGGCCUGGCGAGGAGUCCGUCCCCAAGGGUUCCGCCGCGGGCGCGGGCUUCGUGAGCUCCGACGGCUCCAUGAGCUUUGUCGCAGGCAAGAGCGGCCUCACCUCCCCCGCCGGGUCCCUCUCCAGCAUCGGUUCGGGCACCCUCACCCCGCCCCUCACGUCCUUGGACCUCCUCACCGCCUUCCCGAGUCCCCCGCCCAGCGCAGUGCCGUCUUUCCCCCUCCCUGCCGUGCCUGCCCCCCACGUCUCCCCUCUGUCCACGGCGCUCUUGCACACUCCCGUGACGCAACAGCUGACUCUGGAGCCAUUCCGGGCUUCCUUUGCGUCCGACACGACCGAGAGCACCAGCCCGUCGCUGUCGCGCAACACCACGGCCGCGUCCGAGGUCGCCGUGCGUGGUGGCCACCGCCGGAUGCGCAGCGCGCCGGUCUCGAUCGCGGUGAGUGCGGCUCCGAGCCGUGCGCCGAGCGCGGCGCUGACGGUCGUCGGGGAGGAGGGCUUUUGGGACCUCGAGUCGCUCUAUCCGGACACGCGGCCCGUGAGCGCGAGCACGAGCAGACGCUCCAGGACGCGGAGCGUGGAGGUGAUCAGCGUGAGCUCUAGGAUUUAA